UAAAGGAGAACAGAGGUGAUCCCAAAGGGCUUUGAUCCCGAGGACGACUGAGCAAGCGUAGCAGCCGCGGGAUACAGGGAGAGGGCCGCUUUUGGAUCUGCUCAGGUUAAAGGAUAGGGGACAGACUCUGGGAAGAAACAGCAGCUUCUCCCAGUGGACAAGCGUUAACUGGGAUCCACCAGGGAGUGGAUUGGGAGUGACCAACGCGGUGGCCAAAUUUGCUGCCAACGUCCAAUUGCUGAGAGUGGUUAAAACAAAAAAGGAAUUGUGAAGUGUUCUGAAAGGAUCUCCCCAAACUGGGAGAAUGAACUCCAGAAUGGCAAAUACAGUUGGUGACUCAUGCCGGGGCGAAAAAUUCUCCCUGCACACCUAAGCUGCUGGGAUCUGAGCCAGGGGUGACUGACCUAGGAAGAGAAAGGGCAGCCCUGUGUGGAAGAAGGGAGAGCGUUAUUCUCCUCCUCUCACGCCUAUCCUUGCCACAACAACCUUGUGAGAACUCGAGGCAGCUUACAUAAUUCUCCUCUCAAGCUUAUCCUGCAAUCUCAACCAUGUGGGCUGCAGCUGAAGGUGAGGUGAAGGAGGAGCCAAAGAGACGAUCAGCUAGACUAUCUGCUAAACCUGCUCCACCUAAACCAGAGCCAAAGCCCAAAAAGGCAGCAGCCAAGAAAGAAAAAGGUGCAAAUGAUAAGAAGGAAGAGAAAAAAGUGGCAGCAAAGGGGAAGAAGGGUGCCAAAGGAAAAGAUGAAACUAAACAAGAAGACGCUAAAGAAGAAAACCACUCUGAGAAUGGAGAUACCAAAACUAAUGAGGUACAUCAUGAGGAAGGAAGACUCCCUGGAGAAGACAAUCAUGCUAGGGAAAGUUGAAGGCAGAAGAAGAAAAGGAAGACCAAGCACCUGCUGCUGAAGUAUCUGAUGACAAGGAAGCCAAGUCCGAGUAACAAACUUAGCCCUCUUCAUCUUCAUCUUUUGGUAUCCAUACCUCCAUACUGUAUUGUUAAGAGAGGAAUAUUUUUAUCAACUAUUUUAUAAAUGCAGGUUUUUUUAGCAUGAAUUUAAUUAUGGAACAUCUUCAUCUCAGUUACUUGGAACUUAAACCAACAAAACAAACAGAAAAUCAUUGUUUUUAAAAUUUUGUGAUUGUCAUAGUUUGUAUGGUACCCAGAAAGAAUCGGUGGUAGCUGUUGACUUCUGUCAGUAUAUAAUCCCUUUGUGUGUAAGUCAUACAGGCUUCAGAUUUUAAUUUCACCCUUGUUACGUGUUGUAUGGUUUCUUAAUGUGGGGAGGUCUCAAAAAAAACACACACACACAAACACAAUAAUUGCGUCAGACAUUCCGGUGGUUCUGUGUGGGUUGCUUUUAUAAAGAAGGUGAGAUAUUUUCUUGAAAAAUCCUAAGAAGCUGGAAAUCUUGUUGUAUCCCAAAUGUAGUUUUAUUUUGUCACAUUUUGGAGAAUAAUAAUUAAAAAAGUGUAAUCAUGUUUUUAAAUGAAAUACAAAAAAUCUUUUACAAAAAGAAAAUAGCAGGUUGACUGAAUUAUACCCACUGUUAGGAAUUUUGCUGGAUUUAUCUUAAUAAAAAAAGACUCCUCAGAAGAUGAA